AUGACAAUGCAUCAUUCUAUAUUUGUACUGACUGUACUCUGCGGUAGCGGAACAUGGACCUACCAAGAAAAAGAUAAGAGUAAAAUUAACUCGAUUGAUAUGAGAUUUCUGCGCCUACUGAACGGAAAAACUUUGAUGAAUAAAAUGAUGGGUGACACAGGUGCAAUGAACGGAAUGGCAUACUGCAGAGGUAAUGCUGAAGAUUUUAAUAAUUGGGCUACAUUGGGUAAUUCUGGUUGGAGCUAUAAAGACUUACUACUAUAUUUCAUUAAAUCUGAGGACAACGGAGAUAAGGAGAUUGUAGAGCAUAAUCCCGAAUAUCAUGGAAUAGGAGGAUAUCAACGAGUAGAAAGAUUUCGAUACCAAGACCUAAAUGCAAAAAUUAUUCUAGAAGCCGGAAAGCAAUUGGGUUACAAGAUCGUGGAUGUCACUGGAAAGGACCAACUGGGAACGAUGAUUAUGCAAACUAUUACAAAAGAUGGUCAACCGAAAAGCACCAACAGUGCCUUUAUCCAACCGAUUAGGAAUGCAAGUUUGAAAUCAGCGAAAGUAGCAUAUGCCAAGAAGGAAGUAAUCUCUUCAACUGGAACUGUUAGCUCUCCAAAACUGUUAAUGCUGUUUGGAAUAGGCCCAGCUGAUGAUCUUAAGAAGCUAGGUAUAAAAGUGGUUGCAGCUUCGCCAGUAGGUAAAAAUGUGCAGGAUCAUGUGACAUUCAAUGGAGUAUCCCUUCAGUUGAACGAAAAAACUGCUACAGAAAAAUCUUUUAAAAGCAAGCAGGAAGAUUCAGAACUAUAUUUAAAAACUCACACGGGUCCUCUGUCAUCAACAGGAGCUGCUACACUAAGCUUAUUUACACAAACCAAAUAUGCAGAGAUUGAUGGAGCACCCGAUGAUCAAAUUUAUUUUAUCUCAAAGAGCACUGCAGAUAUAGACAUUUUCAAAGUUCAUUCAUAUUAUGAUACACUUUUAGUUUAUUUGUUUGUACUUGGUUCGAAAAGUAAAGGCUACCUUAAACUGAACAAAACGGAUCCAAUAUGGGGAAAUCCUUUUAUCUAUCCUGGUACUUGCAAAAUGGGACCUAAAGAAGAUCCUGGCGCUGUAGUUGAUCCUAGAUUAAAGGUUUAUGGAGUUCCAGGCCUUAGAGUAGUUGACGCAGCUAUCAUGCCUCAUAAUAUAAGGGGGAAUCCACACGCAACGAUAAUGGCGAUCGCAGAAAAAGCUGCUGAUAUGAUCAAAGAAGAUUGGUGCCAUCACUGA